ACAUUUCACAAACUUCCUUAUAACAUUUAGUCUAUGGUUUUUCACAAGUGCUUCGCUGUGUGGAAAGUGGUCUAUUUGUAAAUAUUGUUAAAUUGUAAAUAAAACAAGUGAUUUGCAUUAUUUACAACAAGUGUACCGUUUUUAAAGUGUGUUAAGGUGUUUUAUGGAUAAUAAGUCACUGAAACGGAGCAUUCAAGCCCUCAAAGGGCUAUAGCCAUGGUGAUGGAAGCUAAUCCUAUUACUGAAAAUCGGACAGAUGAUCGAGUUCACAGCACGUCGUUACGACCGAGGGCGGGCGGCGAUAUAAUUCAGGAUCGUUCAGUGGGAACCCUGGAUUUAAACAUGUCAUAUUCCGCGCCUUCCAAUUUAGUCCUCACACCAGCACCUGAAUGUCGAAAACUGUCAAGAGGGAUAUCCCGGGCGACGGACAACGAAGGCCUGGUGUGGGCGCUUCGCAGUAACACAGAGCCGGAACCCAACACCCUCUCAUCAGAUCACAUACUCCUACUGCCGGAUAUCUCAGUUUAUCCGCCAGACUUUAGGAUAUUCCUCGAAAAAGAUCUCCUCGAAACAGCCACAUUAGUAACCCUAGAAUCAGCUGGAAUACUAAACUGGUGGCGUCAAGGUCGCGUGCCAGGAGCGCCUCGUCUCCUUCCCCUGGCGACCUCUGGCGACGGCAACUGCCUGCCUCACGCGGCGUCGCUGGCCGCGUAUGGCUUCCAUGAUAGACUGCUGGCUUUGAGGACGAAGGUGCAAGCGCUGCUGUCUGGAGAAGAAGGUGACGUGCUCACAAAAGCAAUAAAACGCCGAUGGCGUUGGUCAGAGAGCCUCUCGCUCAAAUCAGCCGGUCUGACCCCAUCGGAGUCAGAGUGGGAGCGGGAAUGGCACGACGCCGUCAGAGCGGCGUCGGCGGAGCCUCGGCCGCGGCCGGCCCCGAGCGCGGCGCCGCACUACGCGGGGCUCGAACAGUUGCACGUGUUUGCGCUGGCGCAUGUCAUGAGGCGACCCGUCAUCGUGUUCGCUGAUGUAGCCUUGAGGGAUUUUCGCGGUGACCCCAUAGCACCAAUCCCAUUCGGUGGGAUCUACCUACCUCUCGAGCUUGAACCUGAAGUGUGCAGCAAAGCGCCUAUCCUACUAGCUUACGAUGCUGGACAUUUCUCAGCCUUAGUGCCUUGCGAACCUCUGCCCACUGAUGGAGCUAGAGUACCCUUAGAAGACCAGGCUGGGAAUCCUAUGCCUAUACGGUUCAACGUCGACCCCGGACAAGAAUUCAAAUGGGAGGUCGAACCGGACCAAAAAACGAUAAACAACCUCCUACCGGACGAAUACCAACGCUCUUCCAUGCUAGCCGCUUACCUCGACCUUGAACGAGUCGAAUGCUUAUCCCAAAGUCCUCCGCCUGAAGAAUUGAGGAGGUCCCUUGACGCACUAUCUACUAAGAGUUCAAAACAACUCAAUUCCGUGGCAAAACAAUUUGGAAGUAUCGGCAGGUCGAUGAGUAGCAAGUUAAAGAAGAACUUCGGCUCAAUAACCAAGCUGGGCAAGAGCGGCAGCCAGAGCAACCCCGAGGAGGGCUUGUCGCGGCGGCAGUCGACGUGCGAGGUGCUGUGCUGCAGAGUGCUGGCGGCCAGGGCGCCCGUGCAGGAGGAGAUGGUCAAGAACUACCUCAACGAGGCGUGGUGCGGUUACACAGCAGAAAAGAACCGCAAAGAACAAAACCAGUCCGUACCAUCCCAACCAAGAUACGGUACGGGGCGGUCCCAGUUCUACGCCGAAGCGGACCGAGCGGCGCACGAGGUCGCCCGAACAUUAACCACGAGGUCCGUGAAACCCGCACAGGAUCGAACCUUGUACCUUUCCAAGUCUACCUUCUACGAUGACCGCCCGCCGUCCCCUAAGCCCUGCCGAGCUCCCUUGUGUAUGUACUACGGGAGUCCGGCGAAUAACGAUUACUGUUCACGAUGCGCGAAACUCCAGUGAUGUGCUUCCAUUUUUGUAUUAGGAAUCGUUAGGCUUAUUAUUUUAGAUUAUUUUUUGUUUGUGAUAGUUUUGAUAUAAAAUAAAAUCACUAUACAGGGUGUAAUUAGAACGUUAGCUAAAACGAAGACAGGUUAUAGUACUGAUGAUUACUGAUAAGCGAUACUUUAAAAAAUCCGCGAAAAAAGCUGUAUUUUUAACAUCGAUCUGACUGACGCUAGAGGUUAACAAACGUUGCGUAGAUAGAUACCGUAAGGUCAGUGCCGCGUUGUAGGCGGGCAUUGACCCCGAGUUUUGCACGCUAUACUAAAUACUAUAAUUACAAGUAUAAAGCAAUAGUUAUUGGUAUUAGAUUGAGUUUAGGUAGAGUAAUAGUAGCACUAAGUUUUCGCUAGCGUUCUAUUGUAAUAACAUCCUGUAUACGUGUUGUUGUCUUUUAUAAAAAACGGUAGUGUCGGGUAAUGUCCGGCAAAAGUGAAGCUUCCACGUAUUUUUUGGGUGAAAGUAAUUUUCGAUGGUUAAUAUUGUAUUUAUAUUAAAGCCUUGUUUCAUAACCCGCCUAAUAAACUUUCUGACGAAUGUCAGCUUCCCAGUGUUAAAACGUCUUUAUUCGUCAAAUAAAGUUUAUUUGCCGCUUGUGCAAAAGCUUGAUUAUAGGUUUUUAAAAAUGUUACUAGAAUUAUUUUCCGGUAUAAAAAGUUUGUAGUCCAAAAUAUUAUCAAUUGAUCAAAGAAAUUAAGGAGUUUCCAAUCUUGAUAUACCAGAAUUUUUUUUUUAAAAUCAAAACUGUCACAUACGAAAUCACAACAUAUUUUUUCAGUCUUAAAGUAAGAUAAGAAUACUCCCCAACUAAAACAAAGUAGUUACAAUAAUACAAAGUAUCUAAUCAUUGUAUGUAAUUUUAAUUAUUGUUACAUAAUAAUAAUUAUAUAUUUUUGUAACAGAUUAUACAGAAAUUCUUUUUCUUAUAAUCUUAACACCAAAAUGUUCUGAAGGUUCCAAUUUAUACCUUUUCUUUAGAAUUAUACUUGUAAAGCUAACCAAAUAUCAUAACAAUAUUUUAUGACACUAGUGUGCUAAUCAAGAGGAAAGUUGUAAACCCGAGUUGUAGACGAGGGUUUUGAUAGCACCAAGAAAUUAUUUAAAUGCACACACGAUUUAACUUAAAGUUUAGUAGGUUAUAAAACUAAUUGGUAAUUAACAGUCAGAUUUAAAUAAUGAUUACUAGUUAAAUAUUUCUAACAAAAGCUAUAAAUUGAACCUUGAAAGUUAAAACUAAAACCUCCAAUUGAAUGAAUCCUGAGAAUUUAUGAUAUUAUUGUUAACUAGAUACAGGUUAUUUUUAAUAUAUGACCGUAUUAUUAGGAUGUUAAGAGUUACUUAAUAAUAUAGGUAUAGCUACUUAAAAGUAUUAUUAAAUACGAACUUAAACAUUUUUGUUAACUUGAACGUUACAUUGUAAAUGUUUAACAUUGUUAUUUUUUAUGUUCAUUUGUCAAUAAUAUGUUCAUACAGUUGCCUUCAGGUAAAAAUAAUUCUGUGUGGUUAAUACUAGAUUUUACAUUUCACGUUGUUGAAAUUUCGAGCGUCCAAACCUAACGUCGCAGUAAAAUGAACCUAAAGAUCCUUGAUUUAAAGUUAAAAAUUCACCUCAAGUUCUUGUGAAUUUAAAAUAAUUAAGGUCCAUUUUGAUUUGAAGCAAAAUUGUUUCCACUCACGAAUUCUAUCAACGUCGUGUUGGUGAGAUGUAAAACAUAUACCCUUAAAUAUUAGGUGAUAUAUAAUACAUUAUUAAAAAAAAUGAGCCCUUGAGUCCCAAUAUUGUGUAUUUAGGCAUACUAUUAUUAUCAAUAUAAGGGUCUGCGCAAACGAACCACAGCUACACCCUGUAAAACAAGCCGUCAUAAUUUAUUCAAUACCUACUGUAAUAUUGACGAGUGGCCCGUUUGCGUUGAGCCUAAGCACUUAAAAUACGGCACGUCUUCGAGAGUAAUAUUAUCGUAUUUGUGAAUUUUACUGUACUGUAUUAGAUUAGCCAAGUAAGCCAAGUGGCCGAGCUUCGUAACGGAAUUAUAAUUAGGAAUUAAUUAGCUACGAUAAAAAUAAAGGGUACUUAAACUAAAUUAAUAAGGUUAAAUGUAAACAACACCAGAAAAUACCUGUGUUCAAAAUUUUGUACACGGUGCUAUGGGGCGACAUUUUAAAUUAGUAUUCAAACUGCUGGGGUGGAGUAUAGGUUUGCAUCAAACUUAAAAACUACUUGAAUUGAUGACUGGUUGAGAUAUAAUAUGGUGGUCGCACACAUGAACCUAUAGUACAAGGAUUGCUUACUCAUAAUACCUACUUGAAGCAAAACCGACUUAUUGCUAUCCCACUUCAACUGCCGAGCGAGAGCGAAAGAUCGCACUCUACUGGGGUCCGAUUUCUCGCUCUAAUUUGCUAGUCAAAGUGGGAUAGCAAUAAGUAUGAAGAAAAUUCCUAAUAAUUACCUAAGUAGAAGUAGAAGUAAAUGGAGAGAGAGUUCACUUCCAGUACUAGUAUAUAUUGGAAGUGAAUUCACUUCCAACUUAAUAGUAUUGGAAGUGAAUGGAGAAUUCACUUCCAUUCCAAUAGUAUUGGAAGUGAACUCUCUAUGACUUCUACUUCAUGGCCGCACAUUACUUAAGCGCCGUUUGGGCCGCUAAAGCCGUACGCGCCUAACUCAAUGAUUUUUUUCAGUAAUGAAAAAGUUGCAUUGAAGGUUUUGAAAAGAGACUAUUUUUGUACCCAAAAAUUAUCAUUUAAUAAGCUUUAAAAUUAUUAAUUAUUGAUUUUAUUUAGCAUAAUAAUACUACAUUGUUUUUUCAUUAUAUUUACUCUUAUAACCAUAUUGUGGCUAAUUCUCUUGUAUGGCUGUUUUCUAUCCCUUUCUGCAGAGAAAAUUAUGAAAAGGGUAGCAAUAUAUUAUUUAAAGUAGCUUCUGUCAUCUGUCAUUUCAAAUUAGUUAACAGAUUUUGUACAACAGAAUUAAUUAACCAUAAUACGAUUAUUUACGAAAAUUACCUAACAUGUCCUAAAAGUAAUGUCCUGCACAUUGAUUAAACAAAAGGAAAUAUAUACCCCCGAAAAAAUAUGAUUCCGUUUAAUUUGUUGAUUUGUCCUCCUAUAACUUUACAAACUGUUAUUUAAUGAUUGCAUUACUAAAGUAAAAUUAUUCUUAGUUUCCCACUAGCGAAUGCCCGCGACAUUAUCCGCGUGGAUUUAGGUUUUUUAAAAUCCUAUGGGAACUGGGAACUCUUUGAUUUUUCGUGAUAAAAAGUAGCCUGUAUCACUACUUUCCAGGUAUUUAACUAUAUCCUACAUGGAUGACUUGAACACCUGGAAAAACGAGUUAUAAAAAUUUAUUUUCUGUUCUCCUUUGAGAAUUUGGAAACCUAACAAAUCUAUUCAUUAGAAUAGUGAAUAAAAUUUUGCAAUCAUUAAUUAAUUUUUGUGCUUAUCUUAUAUCAAAAGAGUUUGAGUCCGUCCCUAGUCCCUACAUAAUUAAAAAAAUCUUAUGUUCAAAAUAUUUUGAUUUUCUAGUCCCGUAUAUUUAGAUUUUUAGUGUUUAGACUAAAGGAAAAGAUAGAUGGUAAAUGGGAUUUGGAAUAUGAAGCCAAGACUCCGAGAGAAAGCAAUUUCAGUAAUAAAAGCUGAUUAUGUAGCUGUAAUUCUUAUGUCGUUUGUAUUCAAUUGGCGUAACAUUUGUUCCCAAGUUCUCUAUCUUUUUUUUUAGUCUCUAAAUUUAGUGUUAAAAGUAAGUCGAAUUGUUUAAUUUUAUUAAUUAAUCAUACAUAAAAAGUUAACUUUUCCCACCAUUUUUUAAUUUAAGUUGCGUUAUCAUAUAACCCAUAACUACUUACUAAUUUUAUAAUUUUUAUUAGCUUUAAAGAUCUGUGAAAUGAAUGCUGAAGUGAGACUACAUGACAUAAGAUUAACUCCUGUUAUUACUGAUAAUACCUACUUAAAAGAUUAUUUAAAAAUGUUAAACAGAUGGUACUGUUAUAUUUUUCAUAAUAUCUUACUGUUAAGGAGAGCAUAUCAUGUUUUGUAGAAAUAUAAAUGGUUAUGCGAUUGAGAA